AUGCCGACGGAAACAUCUUCGAAACUGAAAGAGGAUAUUGUCUAUUUCCUUCACAUCAACAAUAUCAUGAAGAAGGACUCACUAACCUCCAGUGCACAGGAGCUUAAAUCAGCUGGGAUAGAGUUUAAGCCAAGUGGUGCUGAUAUAGCUUAUACUAGUAAACGUUUUAACUUCAAAGGGCAUCUUAAACUUCCUCCAUUGACUGUGGAUGAAUGGACGAAGCCUAAGCUGAUGAAUCUUGUCGCCUACGAGAUGUGUCUUGGUGAUGUUGGUUCUUAUAUCGUUACUUCAUAUGUAAAACUUAUGGAUUUUCUCAUUGAUAAAGAAGAAGAUGUUAAGGAGCUAAGGGCGUCAAGAGUACUUUGGAACCAUCUCAGCUGUGAUAAAGAUGUGGUCGAUCUGUUCAAUGAUAUGGGGUCUGAAUGCUUUAAGCCACCCAAGGACUAUUAUUUUGAUGUCAUGGAAGAACUGGAAAAUCAUUGCCAGAGAAAGUGUGCCAUUUGGAUGGCCCAAGUCUAUCAGACCCAUUUCAGAAGCCCCUGGACUAUGGUUGCUCUUUCGGCUGCUAUAAUAGCUCUUUUGUUGACUGCCAUUCAAACAUGGUACGCAAUCAACCCAAAUAAGUAG